UAGUUUUUCUUCUCUCUCAUUUUUGUGUUUCAAAUUUCUGUUUCCAGAACUUUUCAUGGCCCCCAUUUCUCCCACACCAUCCAAAACACAAAAACCAAAAUAACAAUGCAAACUGAGCAUAACUACAUCAUCAACCAUAAGCAUUUUACACGGAUAUGAAACUCACGCUCACAAAACCAUUCAUCCUAAGAUGCUUCCUCAUCUCACUCUUCCUGUCCCUCCCUUUCCUCUUCCUCCAUCUAUUCUCUCCACAACAACAACAACAACCUCAACAUUCUCAUUCCACAACAAAAGAUCUCACAAUCCGACCCGGUUACACCUCCUACGAGACCUACAUACAACGCCAGCUCAACAAGACCCUCAACCCAAGGCUCCGAAAGAUAUGGACCACCCGCGACUGGAACCGGAAGAUCCCCGUCUUUGCGCGGUUCUUCGAAGACCUCAAGGACAAGAGCCUUCUACAAAACACCUCCAAGGCCCUCUGCAUUGGCGCACGCGUGGGUCAGGAGGUGGAGGCCCUACGGCGGGUAGGUGUGGUUGAUUCUGUAGGAAUCGACUUGGUCCCCUACCCGCCAUUGGUGGUGAAGGGUGACUUUCACCACCAACCGUUUGGUGAUGAGACGUUUGAUUUUGAAUUCUCCAACGUGUUUGAUCACGCAUUGUACCCACAGCGGUUUGUAGCAGAGAUUGAACGCACGUUGAAGCCUGACGGUGUGUGCGUGCUGCACGUGGCGCUUUCGCGUCGCGCCGAUAAGUACUCCGCUAACGACCUCUACAGCGUGCAGCCUCUCGUAGAGCUUUUUAACAAAUCAGUUUUGGUUCAUGUCCGCACCGUUGAUGGUUUCGGAUUGGACACGGAGGUUGCGUUUCGAAAGAAACAUAAACUGCAAACAAAUCGUUAACCGUUUGUAACUACUUUCUCUCCCUCUCUGUUUUUACUUUUUCUUUUCUUUUUAUUUUCCCUUUAUCAAACGGUGGUUAUUCCCUCUCUCUUCUUUCUUUAGUUAUGUGUUCUGGGUAAAUUUGAAUGGAUCUUAUAAAUUAAGUGUGUACAUUGUUUUGUUGUUUGAACAAGUUGAAUGCUACGUUAGUGGUGGAUGAUGGAGUAUGCAGUUUUUUACUUUCAAAAUAAGCUUAUUGUGCCUGUGAAUUUGUUCUUUUA